AUGGUCGUGCGACAUGUCCGGAAUGUUUUCCGGACCACCGAGCAGAAGGGCCCGGCUAACAACGGACAGAUCAAAGUCCGAUUCAAGUUCGAGGAGUUUAAUCUCGAUGUGAACAGAAUCUCCAUUGGCAGUGCAUCGGCUGGAGGCCAUCUGCCAGCGGUGGUAGCUCACCACUGUCGGAACGUCAAUAUUCCGCUGGUCUUCACUGCGGAAAUGGAUCCUCUUCGAGAUGAAGGGGAAGUCUGCGCAGAGAAAUUAAAAGCAGCAGACGGAGAAGUAGAGGUGAGAAAGUGA